AUGGAGCAGAUUGACUAUGCAACCAGUUGGAACCCUUUUACGAUUAAUCGAUGGGAUUUUCUCAUCCACGCUUUAGCCAUCGAUAAUAGUGAGGUCGACAACUCAACUGGAGAGGUGAUUAAAUCAUUCACAUCAUCGCCGUCUCUGUGGAAGAUGUUGAGCUGUUCUUCCAAACAUGAAGCUUGGGGUCCUUUAUCGGAUAAAUAUAACGAUUUCACACCGUGUUUUCUUCAAGGGAUUCUAUUUGGCGUGUCUUCAGUACUUAUGAUUUUUAUUGGAUCUUAUCAAUUGGUGUAUUUACGAAAUAAGAGAAUAAAAGUGGCUAAUCGAGUCGAUUGGAGCUUCUACGUUAAGUUGUUACUAGUGGCAAUUCAGUUGGUGUUCCAGAUUUCCCUUUUCGCAACGCAUCCUUUACAUCAAGGUGGUAUAAUUGAAACAUCGCUAGUGUUGAAUGUUGUGUCCACUGUUGUUGCCUGGCUUAUUCAUUACUUGGAACAGUUUAAAUCGACAGUACCUAAUGGAGUGUUGUUGUUUUAUUGGUUGUUUCAAAUUAUUUUAAACCUAGGGAGAAUCGUCAACUUGCACCUACGUCAUCAGUUUGAUCUGCACUUUGCCGUUUUGGUAGUUUUAAGUACAGUCAAUGCAUUUAGCAUCUUGAUUAUAGAGACUGUUUUCCCAAUGAAGCCUUUAAAUUAUUUGCAGAGAGCUAAGCAUGUAUCGCCUUAUGAUCGUGCCAAUGUUUUUUCGAGAAUUACGUUUGAUUGGAUUGGUGGAUUGAUGAAACGUGGCUAUGUUCAAUUCCUCACCGAGAAAGACUUGCCACCACUUCCAAAAUCAUUAAAGGCAAGUACAACCACUGAUGAUUUUGACUAUUAUUGGAAUAAGCAACCAGCUGGGAAAAAGUCAUUAUUUUGGGCAAUUUCAAAGGCCUUUGGUAGUCAAUUCUUACUUGGAGGUGUUUUUAAAGCUGCUCAAGAUUGUUUGGCAUUUAUUCAACCACAAUUAUUGCGUUUGUUGAUCAAGUUUGUCAAUGACUAUUCCAAGUCGAUGAAAAAGGGUGAGCCAUUGCCUUUGACAAGAGGGUUGUUGAUUGCAGUGGCCAUGUUUGUUGUUUCCAUUAUGCAAACUGCAUGUUUACAUCAAUAUUUCCAAAGAGCGUUUGAUUUCGGAAUGAAGAUCAAGAGCUCUUUAACCUCAACCGUGUAUGAUAAGUCACUUGUAUUGUCCAAUGAAUCGAAGCAAGAGUCAUCAACCGGUGAUAUUGUAAACUUGAUGUCGGUUGAUGUGCAGAGAUUGCAAGAUUUGCUGCAGAAUUUACAAAUUAUUUGGUCUGGACCAUUUCAGAUCAUCAUUUGUUUGUAUUCGUUACAUGGGUUGAUUGGUAACUCCAUGUGGGCUGGUGUCGCAAUUAUGUUGAUUAUGAUUCCAUUAAAUGCAGCAAUUGCUAAAAAACAGAAGCAAUUGCAAAAGACACAAAUGAAAUACAAGGACAAGAGGUCGAGAUUGAUUAAUGAAAUCUUGAAUAAUAUCAAAAGUUUGAAACUAUAUGGAUGGGAAGUGCCAUACUUGGACCGGUUAAACUACGUACGAAAUGAUUUGGAAUUGACAAACUUGAAGAGAAUGGGAAUCUUUAUGGCAACUGCUAAUUUCACCUGGAACUUGGCACCAUUCUUGGUUAGUUGUUCCACUUUUGGUGUGUUUGUGUUGACCCAGAAAAGGAGUUUAUCUACUGACUUGGUGUUUCCAGCAUUAUCAUUAUUCAACUUAUUAUCAUUUCCAUUGGCUGUGGUUCCCAUGGUUAUCACAAACAUUGUUGAAGCACAAGUUGCUAUUGGAAGAUUGACAAAGUACUUGACAAGUUCAGAAUUACAAGACAAUGCUGUGGUGAAAUUACCACCAGCGAAAGAAAUGGGUGAUGUAGCCGUUUCAAUCCAAAAUGGAACCUUUUUGUGGUCUAAAGCCAAAGGAGAGCAAAACUAUAAAGUCGCAUUGUCCAACAUCAAUUUGACUGCGAAAAAGGGACAAUUAGACUGCAUUGUUGGUAAAGUUGGAUCAGGAAAGUCGUCAAUAAUUCAGGCAAUCUUAGGUGAUUUAUACAAAUUAGAUGGUGAAGUGGCUUUACAUGGUAAGGUGGCCUAUGUUUCGCAAGUGCCUUGGAUAAUGAAUGGUACUGUUAAAGAUAAUAUUUUGUUUGGACACACAUACGAUGCUGAAUUUUAUAAUCACGUGUUGAAAGCGUGUGCAUUGACAGUUGACUUGGCCAUUUUACCCAAAGGUGACAAGACGGAGGUUGGUGAAAAAGGUAUUUCAUUAUCCGGGGGUCAAAAAGCUAGAUUGUCCUUGGCUAGAGCUGUUUAUGCUCGUGCCGAUGUUUACUUGUUAGAUGACCCAUUGAGUGCAGUUGACGAGCAUGUAGGAAAGCAUUUGGUUGAUCACGUCUUGGGUCCAAUGGGUCUAUUAAGAAGCAAGUGUAAAGUUUUAGCCACCAACAAUAUCAAGGUGUUGAGUAUUGCCGACCACUUGCAUUUGGUGAGUGACGGAAGGUUGAUUGAACAGGGUACUUAUGAUGAUAUUAUGAAGCAGGAUAACUCAAAGUUGAAAUUGUUGAUUGACGAGUUUGGUAAAAAGAAAGAAGAUAGUCCGACGCCAACGCCAUCGACGAAUAAGAAUGUUGACGGUGGAAAACUUAAGCCAGAUGAUGGGAAGGAUUACGAGGUGAAGGAUGAUGUCAACGUAGAAGACUUGGAAUCGGAUUGUGAUUUGGACAUAAUCAGUUUGAGACGUGCUUCAGAACAACCAUUGAUUGCUGAUGACGAAAGAGACAAUGAAGAAUACCUUGAAGAAGUUGAAGAGUUACAAGAGGAAGACGAAGAUACAAAGGCAAGAAAAGAGCACAUUGAGCAAGGAAAAGUGAAAUGGGAAGUGUACACCGAGUAUGCCAAAGCUUGUGGGCCAGUUAAUGUGAUUAUCUUUUUGGGAUGUAUUGUGAUAUCAUACCUCGUCAACGUUAGCUCCACGUUUUGGUUAGAACAUUGGUCGGAGAUAAAUACCAAAUACGGAUACAACCCUAAUGUGGCCAAAUACCUUGGAAUUUACUUCCUUUUGGGUAUUGGGUACUCGACAUCUUCAUUGAUUCAAAACAUUUCCCUUUGGAUCUUGUGUACAAUUCAAGGAUCUAAGAAGUUGCACAAUGUAAUGGCAGUUAGUGUCAUUCGUGCACCAAUGACGUUUUUUGAAACAACGCCAAUCGGAAGGAUAUUGAAUCGGUUUUCCAACGAUAUUUAUAAGAUUGAUGAAGUCAUUGGCAGAGUGUUUAACAUGUUCUUUAGCAACACGGUCAAAGUUUUUGUCACCAUUGUCGUUAUUUCGUUUUCAACAUGGCAAUUUGUGUUUUUGAUUUUACCAUUGGGAGUGUUGUAUGUUUACUAUCAACAAUACUACUUGAGAACAUCAAGAGAAUUAAGAAGGUUGGACUCGGUUUCAAGGUCGCCUAUUUACGCUAAUUUCCAGGAAUCAUUAGUUGGAGUUUCAACAAUUAGGGCUUAUGGAAAGGAGGCGAGGUUUAGAUUUUUGAAUCAAUACCGUGUUGAUGAAAACAUGAAGGCAUUUAAUCCAGCAAUUAAUGCCAACAGAUGGUUGGCAGUGAGAUUGGAGUUUUUGGGAUCCGUAAUCAUUCUUGGCGCUGCCGGUUUGUCGAUCCUCACGUUAUCAUCAGGACACCUUACUGCCGGUAUUGUUGGUUUAUCUGUUUCAUAUGCUUUGCAAAUUACUCAGUCAUUGAAUUGGAUUGUUAGAAUGACUGUUGAAGUUGAAACAAACAUUGUUGCUGUUGAAAGGUGUUUAGAAUACUCACGAUUGAAGAGUGAAGCACCGGAGAUUAUACCCGACCAUAGACCACCUCAUGCUUGGCCACAAGAUGGUGAGAUCAAGUUUGAGCAUUAUUCAACAAAGUACAGACCAGAGUUAGAUUUGGUGUUGAAAGAUAUCAAUAUUGAUAUAAAGCCAAGAGAAAAAAUUGGUAUUGUUGGAAGAACAGGUGCUGGUAAAUCGUCAAUUACUUUGGCCUUGUUUAGAAUCAUUGAAGCAUUUGGUGGUGAUAUCAAUAUUGACGGAAUCAAGACCGAUACCAUUGGGUUGUAUGAUUUAAGACACAAAUUGUCCAUUAUUCCCCAGGACUCGCAAGUUUUUGAAGGUACUAUUAGAUCCAAUCUUGAUCCAACCGAUGAAUACUCUGAUGAUCAAAUAUGGAGAGCGUUGGAGUUGUCACACUUAAAGGAACACGUGGAGAAGAUGUACGCUGAACGUGAUGUUGAAGAACCCAUCAAUGACAACUCUAACCAGCCACGCGAUGUUGUUCAUGAAGCAGAAAAGGAUAGAGUUGAAACACCAUUGGAUGUCAAAAUCACCGAAGGAGGUACUAAUUUAUCCAUUGGACAACGUCAAUUAAUGUGUCUUGGACGUGUGUUGUUGAAACUAAACUACUCCAACAUCCUUGUCCUUGAUGAAGCCACCGCUGCAGUUGAUGUUGAAACUGACCAGAUUUUACAACAGACUAUACGUACUGAGUUUAAGGACAAGACUAUUAUAACUAUUGCCCAUCGUUUGAAUACUAUUUUGGACUCGGAUAGGAUUUUGGUUUUGGAAAAGGGACAAGUGGCUGAGUUUGACAAGCCGCAAGAGUUGUUGAAGAAUAAGGAUUCGUUGUUUUACUCCUUGUGUAAGCAAGGUGGAUUUAUUGAAGAGUAG